CCCAGGAGGCCUCAAUGAGGAGUUGAACUACCUGAUUAACGGCGUCUAUAGCAUGCCAGCUCUAUGGCUUACAGCAAGGCGCCUGCUGAGGUCCAUGUCUCUGAUAGCAUUGGGCACGCCGACGCGCAACCCGCCGACACAUAGCACGCCCGGAAAGUGCACAGUGGCGCAUCUAACGAUGCGUACGAUAGCGCGCCCGGCAUCGCAACCUCUGCAUUUCCCUUUGACGCGCUCGGCGGUCGAUUAUCGGGUUACGCCGAUUACACCCCCCUACCGUGGACGCGAAUGGGCCACCGCGACACUCCGCGCAAUACCUUCCGCGACGGGGCCCCAAAGCUGAAGGCCACUCGCACGACGGGUGGCCAAGAAGAAGACGGGGAAUGGCUGAUGGAUAGCCGAAGGAGAGGAGGGAAGGGAAGAAGCGCGACGAAGGCCCUUCAUUUUGUAUAUAUACCCGGAAGGAAGACAAAGCCAACCAUGACGCGAA